GUACAUACCAUGAUGUUAUGUUGAGGGAAAGGCUUUUUUGAUAAUUAGCUUAGCUUAGCUACUUUUAGCUUUAGCUUAGCUUAGCUUCCUCAGCUCAUUCAUCUCUUUCAAUUCCCUCUUCUUUGCUAGCUUAGGCUUGGACCCAAGAAAUCAUCAAAAGAGAUCGCAAUUGAAAAGUAGAGAGAAAAAUUCCCCCCUCUCUCCCCCGCCACUAUCUCUCUUUCUCUAUCUUUAACCCUAGAAAGCACCCCGCCCAGCCAGGCCGCCUGGGAAUUAACCCAUUUUUGUAGAUCUGUGUGGUUUUCGGAGAAGCUAAGCAUGCUGGAUUGAUCGUGAAUUUCAUUUUGAACUAACAGGCGAGGAGAGGAAAGGUUUUGUGGUUCAGGUAUGCGCCCAUUUUCUGUUGCUUCAUCUUCUCUCUCUUACGGCCGACAGCAGCAAAGGGUUUGGUUAGAUGGCGGCGGGGAGGGAGAAGGCGGCGGCGGAGGAGGAGAGGCGGCGGGCGUGAUGAUGAUGAUGAUGGAUUCGUCGACGGCCGCGGCUGCGGGAGGCGGCGGCGGGGAGGGAGAAGGCGGCGGAGAUGAGGCGGCGAGUAGUAGCGGGGUUUUGAUGGAGAAGGAGCACAUGUUUGAUAAGGUGGUUACGCCGAGCGAUGUGGGGAAGCUGAACCGGCUGGUGAUUCCGAAGCAGCACGCCGAGAAGUACUUCCCGUUGGACUCGUCGAACAACGAGAAGGGGCUUUUGUUGAACUUUGAGGACCGGAAUGGGAAGCCAUGGCGGUUUAGGUACUCGUACUGGAAUAGCAGCCAAAGCUACGUGAUGACUAAAGGCUGGAGCCGUUUCGUGAAGGAGAAGAAGCUGGACGCCGGAGAUAUCGUUUCGUUCCAGCGUGGCGCCGCCGAGUCGGUUAAGGAUCGGCUUUUUAUUGAUUGGAGGCGCCGCCCUGAUUCCCACUCCGAUCAUCAUCAUCACCACCGUCAUCACCACCACCACCACCUCCCGCCCAUCUCGAUUCCGCACCACUUGUCCUUCCAGCGCUCCAUCUACACGGCGGCGGCGCAGCCGCCGCCGUGGAAUCAUCAGGCUGUGUUAUCGGCGCCGCCGCCAUACGGCUACACCUACGGAUUCGGGAGCACUACUCAUCACAAUUCUGUUAUUUUCAACGGCGGGGCGAGUGGGAGUGCGGUGGUGGUAAACGGAAACCCGUGUUCUUCGGGGAUUUAUCUGAGACCAAUGAGCGCCGCGCACCAGCAAGAAAUUAUGCAGAGAAGAGGCGGCGGAGGAGCAAUGGUGUUCGAGUCGGUGCCGGUGGUCCAAGGCAAAGCUGCCGCAAAGCGACUGAGGCUGUUUGGCGUGAACAUGGACUGCCCCAUUUCCGACUCGGAUGACUGCGACAUUAUCUCCUCCUCCUCCUCCGCCGCCUCCGCCGCCGUAUCCGCCGCUUCUCCGACGACAAUCCCAACUUCGCUUCAAUUAAGGCCCUGCGGCGGCUACGACACCACAACACAAGAAUUAAUGGAAGCAGGUUCUGAUAAUAAGCCCAACAAGUCCUCCUCCUCGUCCAUGUCCCUCGAUUUGGAUAUCUGAUCGAUCAGUCCGAGAAUUGCAGAAAGAAAGAAAGACAUCCUCAACUCAACUCAACUCAACAUUUCUAGCACUAUUAUUCAACAUAAACUUCAAUUCUACGUGUAUAAAGUCGUACGUACGUGGUUAUAAUACUACUACUCACCAUCUAAGAGAGAGAGAUCGUGAGAUCGAUAGAUCAAUACACUUCAAAUUCCCCCAUUUCUUCAUCCUUAAUUAAUUAGCUUCUCUUUCUUUCUUUCUUUCUUUCUUUACUGAAAUGCUUUAAUUUAAUUAAUCUAUCUAUCUAUCUCUCCUGUAUUAAUGCCUCAUCUUCUUCAUCGAAUUUCACCUUUUUAAUACAACAAAUUUGGAAACAUAUUUGCUUUUA